UUCACACAUUUUCCUUUUCUUAAUCGUUAAUGCAAAAAUAAUGUGUUGUUUCGCCCUGGUCCUGGACUAAACACGAGCAGUCAUGUCCUCGGCCUCUAGCGCCACCGCGGGGGGGAUCCAGGGACUUCUGCUCAAACUUCAUGAAUCACUUUCAGAUGAAGAUAAACGAGCUGCAGCUUUAAGAUGCCACGAUACUGUGAGAGACCUGGGACAAGAGUGUAUGAUCACCCCGUCCGACAACGAGCUGGCUUUGCAGACCUCAUUGUUGUUCUCCAAAGAUUUUGGACUGCUUUGCUUUCUCAAAAAAUCCCUGGGAUCAGAUGAGCUCCGUGACGCUCGGGUCGACAUUUUGAUUUUCUUGGACAAGUUUUUGGACAAAGUUUCUCCGCGACUCCGCGGCUGGGAGACGACGUACGCCACAGACAUCAGAGACUCGUGUUUGGUGGUUUACACCAAAGAUAAAGUGGCCAAAUGCAGGGCUCCAGUGCUCGAUCUGCUCAUCAAGGUCCUCCAGACGACGAGAGCCUCCACCGUCGCCGCUGACUUCAGAAUCACAGAUAUUUUUAAUAAAUUUUACAGCGAGUUAUGUCAGAAAAACAAACUCCCAGAUUCAGUGCUCGGUAAAAUCUAUGAGUUACUGGGAGUUCUCACGGAGGUUCACCCGAACGAAAUGGUGAACAACUCAGACAAACUCUACAAGGCUUAUCUGGGCGAGCUGAAGGAGCAGAUGACGUCUUCCACGAGAGAACCCAAACUCUUUGUUGUCGCCGGAUGCCUCAGAGGAUUAACGGCUUUAAUGGUGAACUUCACCAAGACGAUGGACGAAGACCCAACGACGUGUAGAGAAAUCUUUCAGUUUGCCUUGAAAGCGAUCAGUCCUCAGAUGGAGAUGACCAGAUACGCCGUCACAUUUGCUGGGUUGAGACUGUUUGGGCGACAUGCUCCUCAGUUCAGCUCCUGUCUCAUGGAACAUUAUAAAAACAUAUUUGAGGUGAUGUCCAAACUGUGUGGUCACAUAAACGGAGAGAUGAAGAAGCGCAGUUACUACGCCCUGGAAGCGUUUCUCAAAGAGGUUGCCGUGUUGGUGGCUGAUGACAUCGAGGAGCACAAAGGGAAACUGAAGUUCUUCAUGAAGAAGUUUUGUGGCAUCAUAAAAACUAUGGAGUCGACACAUAAAGAACUGUCCAUCGCCAUUCGAGGAUAUGGACUUUUCGCAGCUCCGUGUAAAAAGGCGUGUCCUCAGGACGUGGACCUCAUGUACACGGAGCUGAUCCAGCGCUGCAAACAGAUGUACCUCACAGAGAGCGACGGAGAAGACGACUCCUUCUAUCAACUGCCCAGCUUCCUGGACUCUAUCGCCAGUGUCCUCAUACAUCUGGACAAGGUCCCAGAGGUGUACACUCCUCUGUUAGAGCGCCUCCUGGUGGUGCAGAUCGACAGUUUCCCUCAGUACAGCGAGAGGAUGCAGGUCACUUGUUGGAAAGCGAUUCUCAAAGUGCUGGUUGCCAUGGCGUCGAAAGGACCAGUGCUGUGGAGCUUCAUCAGUUCUGUGGUUCAUCAGGGUCUGAUCCGCGUCUGCUCCAAACCUCUUAUGGCUGAGGACAAAGACACAGAUAACGGCCCUGGAGCUCAAAUGAAAACUGGAAACUGGAAAGUUCCCACGAGUCAGAAUUAUCUGCCUCUGUUCAAAAGUCUCCUGGACUGUGAUGUGUUAAAGGACACUGGAUAUUUGGACGGAGCGUUCCAAAACCAAAACGCAGCUCUGGGAUCUUUAAGUCGUUUGAUUUAUGAUGAACUGGUGAAAUCUGUUCUUCGUAUCGUGGAGACGCUGGACCUGUCUGUUCACAAAGUCACUCCUGGAGAAGAGGGUUCUGAGGACGUGGCUCACGCUCUGCCGUCCUCUGACCCGACGUCUCACCUCGUCCCCAACAAAGUCAAAGAUUUCACUGCGUUUCUCAACCUGGUCGACUUCUGCAGUGAGCUGCUGCUGACCAAACACGUGGAGUAUUUUGAGUCCUGGACGUUUCCCUUGAGCCAUGAGCUCGUGCUUCACUCCAUCAGAAACCCUCUGGUCAGCGGCUUCUACCGGCUCCUGUCCGUCUCCAUGAAGAUCUCAAAAAGGACCAAAUAUUAUCAGGGAGUUGGACUAAAUAUCUCGGGGUCAAACCAAACAGACGCCGUUAAACGCACCUGUUUUUCACUUUUUGCCAAGUUUGGAAAAGAGGUUUGUGUCAGACUGAAGCAGUACAAAGACGAACUCCUGGCCUCAUGUUUGACCUUUGUCCUUUCACUGCAUCACAACAUCAUAUCUGCGGAUAUCAAGGCCUUCUGUCCAGCUCUAGAGGCAGCUCUGAAGCUCGGCCUGAGCCAUGUGCCUUUGGCGAACACGGCGCUGGACGCUCUCGAGGACUGGUCCGGUCACAUCCCACUGGACACGAUGCGGCCGUGUUACGCCACCGUACUCCCCCUGCUGGACGGGUACCUCAAAAGCACCUCCAGUGACAACGAAGACGACGGCGGCUGGGAGGUCAUGUCUCUUGUGUCUGGACGAAGUGACAAAGGAUACGGCAGAGUGAUGACCCGACUGCUCAAAGAGUCCAAACAGCGAGCGGCGGAGGAAGCUCCUCUGGUGACCGUGAGGCUCCGUGUGGUCAAGCUGCUCGGACGUUUGGGCGGAAAACUCAACAGGAACCUGGUCACCGUCGUGUCGUCAGAGGAGAUGAUGAGGAGGUUCGUGGCCUGGGACACGGAGAAGAGGCUGAACUUCGCGGUGCCGUUUUCGGACAUGAAGCCGGUGAUUUAUUUGGACCCGUUUCUCCCUCGUAUCAGUGAACUGGCUCUGACCACGAGUGACCGCCAGACAAAGGUGGCGGCGUGUGAACUGCUCCACACUGUGGUCAUCUUCAUGGUCGGUAAAAGCGCCCAAAUGGCCGAAGGUGAAAAUACUUUACCACCGAUGUACAAACUGCACAAGAGGCUGUUCCCUGUGCUGCUGCGGCUGGCCUGCGACGUGGACCAGGUCACGCGGCAGCUGUUCGAGCCUCUGGUCAUGCAGCUCAUCCACUGGUUCACCAACAACAAGAAGUUUGAGAGUCAAGACACGGUCGCUGUUCUGGAAGCCAUUUUGGACGGCGUGGUGGACCCAGGGGACAGUAAUCUGAGAGACUUCUGUGCUCGUUGCAUUGAAGAGUUUGUGAAAUGGUCGAUCAAACAAACGACGCCCAAACAACAGGAGAAAAGUCCGACAAACAUCAAGUCUCUGCUGAAGAGGAUCUACAGCCUCGCCCUGCAUCCCAGCGGCUUCAAGAGGCUCGGAGCGGCACUCGCCUUUAACAGCAUCUACAGACUGUUCAGAGAAGAACACUCUUUGGUGGAGCAGUUUGUCUUUGAGAUUCUCGUGGUGUUUAUAGAGAGUUUGGCGCUCGCACACUCGGAUGAACGCUCCCUUGGAACGAUACAACAAUGCUGCAGCUCCAUAGACCAUCUGAAAAGAAUCAUCGCUCAAAAGGCCCCAAACCUGAACCAACGCAAUCCAAAGAGGCGUGUCCCGAGGGGCUUUAGUCCUGAUGAAGAGCCGUGUUUGUCUCAUGUCGUCCUGUGGCUCCUGGGACAGUGCGGUCGACCUCAGACUGAAUGCAGACACAAAUGCAUGACGCUCUUCUAUGAGUUUGUUCUUCUUCUUCCAGAGAAGGCGUCUGCUGCUCAGUGGGUGGAUGGGAUGGUAAAGCAGCACGGACCAGACUUUCUAGUUUCACAUUUCGAAGGCGGAGGUCUUCUCUCUCAGCCCACCCUCCGAGACUUGAGCGCCCCCUUCAGCGUCAGGGCGACUCUGCAGUGGAACGACCUCCUGCUGGCCGCUCUGGACUGUUACAAAACGUUUAUUCACCUGCACAUCAUCAGGCCUCAUCACCUGCUCACUGCUAAAGACAAGUCGAUCUUCCUGAAGACUGUUGGGUUUUUUUUGUCUGAACUGGCAACACGAGAUCUGGCAACCGCCGAGAGCUGUUUCUCAGUCAGUGAAAAGACGUCUCACUUCAGCCCCCUAGAGGUUGACCAGUACAACUACAGUAAAUGCACCAUCAUCGUUCGACUGUUGGAGUUUGUCUCUGUGAUUCUUGUCAAAGGAGAUCAUGAGUUAUGGAAGGCCCUUGAGCAGGACGUCUUCAGCCCUGUGCUGUUUGAGCUGGUGGCGCUGGUCGUGUGUGACCCGUCUUCAGUUGGAUUCAACAUGGCCGACGUGGAGGUGAUGAACAACCUGCCUGACGUGUGUGUGCCUCUGCUCAAAGCCCUCGUGGCGUCUCCGUACCGGACCGGAGCAGAGAGCAGCUUCAGGGCCAGAAUAUCACGGAAAAGUCUGGAGGAUCUUUGUGCCGUGAACUUCUACGACUCAGAGACUCUGAAACACCAGGAGCAGAUGGAAACUCUUCUGUCGUCGUGUAAACAAAUAAACAAAGCAGAAUUCAUCCACUCCAUCCUACAGGAUGCAGAGGCGCUCGGGUCCAGACUCCUGACGGCCGUGUACAAAGGCCUCGCUCCAGGUGAAGACAGGAGCUCUCUUCCGUCUCUGGACGUUAACACAAAGAGACUGGCCGAUGGUCUGCUUCAGCUCGCCUUUUCUCUGAGUCGACAGAGCGAGCAGCUCGUCGACCUGCUGUUGAACACCAUCGUUCUUUCAGUGCCAGUGUCUGGGAGCCACAGCUACAACGUUUUGAAUUUUUCUCACGGAGAAUAUUUUUAUUCUCUUUUUCAAACGACCGUGAACUCGGAGCUUCUGAAAAGUCUGAGCUCCACAGUCCCUCGACUCACGAAGGCCACCGCCCAGAACCCCACGAUGGUGAGUUUGUUGCUGAAUGGGAUGCUGGACCACAGUUUUAGGGAGCGCUCCGUGAGAAAGACUCAGGGCAAACAGCUGGUGGAGGAAGUCCUCAAACAGUGGGACCAUCUCCGCUCCUGGUGGGACAGCGACUCCGCCUCCUCCGCCACUCCUGAGAGCAAAACCGCUACUCUGGUCCUGCUGUCCAAGCUCCUACAGAUCGACUCGUCCGUCUGCUCGUUAAAAGGCCACGCUGCGUUCAGACCCGUGUUCGCCUCGUUUACAUCUCUCCUGACGGACAUGAGCCUGCCUCUAAACCUCAAGAGCCAGGCCUUGUUGGUGCUUCCCUUCUUCACGACUCUACCAAAUGAGCCGCUGGCAGAGCUACAGAAAGCGCUGGAUGCCCUGGUGGCCUCACAUUUCCCAAUGCAGUCCGAUGAAUUUGCCAAAGGAUCUCUCCAUCGCAACAACUACAUGGACUGUGUGCGAAAGUUACUCGAUGCUUUGGAGCUUUCCCACAGUCCUUUGUUGCUGAAACUGAUGGCGGCCAUUUUAAGUCGGGACAAAAAGCACAUAAUGGAGGAACAGUUUCAGACCUGCUUCCAAAGAACAGCCAAAAGGGCUGCCCCAGAAAAGCAGUUGGAGCUCCUCAGCGUCGUGUAUGGGAUGAUCCAGAGCGGAGAUGUUCCCACAAACUCCAUGGUCCAGGCCUUGACCGUCAGGGUCCUGCUGCCUCUGGCCUCUCACUGCGGCACCAAGGCCCUCAGUGACUUCUUUGUGAAAAAUGUUUCAGACAUAAUCACACUUCUGCUCAGCCGCUUCACCAAGUCCUGUGAAACAACAUUUGAACUUCAGUUGUUGAAGAAAAUCGGCCUCUACAAACUGAUGGAGCUGCUCUACUCUCGCCUCCCCAAAGACGACGUUUACUCCAAAGAAUCACGCAUCAACCAGGCGUACUGCGGCCUCGGAAAAACAGACGGGAACGAAAUGUCUAAAGCCCUGAUCAAGUCUUGUUUCGAGUCGUUCACGGAGAACAUGGCGGGCGAGUCUCAGUUACUUGAACUUCGGAGACAGUUCCACUGUGCUGCGUAUAACUGCGCCAUCGCCGUCAUCAGCCGCAGUUUCAGCGAAGCCAAAUUCUACCAGGGAUUUCUGUUCAGUGAGAAACCGGAGAAGCAUCAGUUUAUCCUGGAAAAUCUCAUUGAUGUUUCAAGGACCUACCACUUUCCUAUUGAAGUUGAGGUGCCUCUCGAGAGAAAGAAGAAAUAUGUCAUGAUACGACAGGAGGCCAAUGAAGAAAACAGAGAGCCGCCCGUGUACCUGUCGUCUCAGUCGUACAUGGUGGACAGCAGUCUGAGCGAAGAGAUGAGCCAGUUUGACUUUUCUACUGGAGUGCAAAGUUUUUCCUACAGCUCCCAAAACCCAGACGGACGCAGAAGGAACGCCGUGAAGAAAGAGACACAGGACACGACUUCCUCCCAGGAUGCAACAGUCGACCUGGAAAUGGACGAGCUGAACCAGCACGAAUGUAUGGCGGCCAUGACGGCGCUCAUCGGGCACAUGCAGCGAUACAACAUCACCCCUAAAGUUGAACCGGGAAGUGUUCCUUCUGAUCUUCCUCCGUGGAUGAAGUUCCUUCAGGGGAAACUGUCAAACCCGGCUUCACCUUUGAACAUCAGACUCUUCAUCUCAAAACUCGUCAUCAACUCAGAGGAGGUGUUUCGGCCGUACACCAGGUUCUGGUUGGGUCCGCUCCUUCAGCUCGUCGUCUCUGAGACAAACGGGGGAGAGGGCAUCCACUUCAUGGUCGUGGACAUCGUGGUCACUGUCCUCUCCUGGACAGCAGCAGCGAGUCCAAAGGGUAAUACUAGAGAUGAGGUGCUGGCAAACCGUUUGCUCGAGUUCUUGAUGAAAAACUGCUUCCAUUCAAAGAGGGCCGUUUUUCGUCACAAUCUGGAGAUCAUUCGGACUUUGGUGGAAUGUUGGAAAGACUGUUUGCACGUGCCGUACAGUCUGAUCUACGACAGGUUUUGUGGCACUGACCCGAACAGUAAAGACAAUUCGAUCGGACUUCAGCUUCUGGGAAUCGUCUUGGCGAACGACCUCCCGGCGUACGACGCCACAUGUGGCAUCGACUACAACAAGUACAUUCAUUCUCUCACCAAUAAUGUAACUUACACACGAUACAAAGAGGUUUACUCCGCCGCUGCAGAGAUCAUCGGUCUGAUUUUGAAGAACAUGACAGACAGAGACGGUCAUCAGCAGCUUUUCGAUCUCGCUGCAACAAAAAUUACAAGUUUGGGAAAAAAGGAAAUGAACGACAAGUUCAUCAUCUGUGUGAAUAAAGUCUCAAAACACUUUCCUCCUUUUAUGGAUAAAUUUGUGAAUUUGGCGUUCUACCUGCUGCCGAAGCUUCACGGCGUUUUGAAGACGAGCUGUUUGGAGUGCGUCCUGAGCCGCGCUGACGUCAUUCCUCAAAUAUUUAUGCAGCUCAAAACGUCGGGCUUCAUUCAGACGAUGUCCCACAGGGAUGAGGUGAGACAGAGGGUGUGUCUGGACAUCGUCCAUAAGAUUCUGUCUGUGCUGAGCCCGGUGCAGCUGCAGGAGCUUCUGGAGCCUGUGAGCGCGUUUGUGUCUCACCCUUCACCCGUGUGUCGAGAGAGAAUGUACGACAUCCUCAUGUGGAUUCAAGACAACUACAGUGAUUCGGAGAGUAUGGAGGACGACACAUCAGUGGAGAUUUUGAACUCUGCCAAAGAAACUUUACUCCAGGGUCUGGCUGAGGAGAACGCAGGUCUACAGCUUUAUGUUCGUAACUUCUGGAGUCAGGAGAAGCGUCUCCCCACGGCGACCUUUGAGCGGAUGAUGAUGGUGUUGGGUUCACUCUACACGUCUCAAAUCGAGAGGUGCUUUUUGAGUUUGGCCACGAAUCUGCUGCUGGAGAUGACGAGUCAGAGUCCAGACUUCCAAAGAAACAUGUUUGAGUAUCCGCUCUCCGAGUGCACGUUUCAGGAUUAUGUGAUCGACUCAAACUGGCGUUUCAGGAGUUCUGUCAUGACUCCGAUGUUUGUGGAGACGCAGAGCUCCCAGGGUCCAGAGAGCGUCCUGUCGUCUCCGUCUGCUUCACUGAAGGGAAAACUCAGAGCGACACAGACCAGCCUCGAGUUCAGCCAAACACAGGCCCCAGGUCGGAGGUCGGCGUUUAACUGGCUCACUGGGAGCAGUGUUGACACUUUGGCGGAGUUCUCUCUGGGGUCGGAGUCUCUGUCGUCGUUGAUGGUUUUUGAUAAAAAAUCUGAAAGGCAAGCGACCCGGAAACCGGUAGGAGAAGGUUUUGGGAUGAGGCGCGUCGCUGCCCCUACAGACGAAGUGGACAACCGCACUCAAGCACAAAAUGAACAACGUAGAAACAUCUUAAGACUUCGUCGCAGAUUCCUCAAGGAUCAGGAGAAAGUCAGUUUGGACUUCGCCCAGAAAGAAAUACAACAACAAAGACAGAAGAAGGAGCAGAAGGCCGAUCAGAGGCUUCGGAAGGAGGCUCAGGUGACUCUGUAUCGUAGCUACAGAGUGGGAGACUUUCCAGAUGUUCAGAUCCCUCACAGCAGCCUCAUCACUCCACUGCAGGCCCUGGCCCAGAAAGAUCCCAUUUUGGCCAAACAGUUGUUCAGCUCUUUGUUCAGUGGGAUCCUCCAUGAAAUGCAGAAAAGUAAAACGUCUGAAGAGGGACAGAGUAUGAAGGACGCGCUGAGGUGUCAUAUGGACUCGUUUCUGAAAAAGACGACGCUCUGUUUCCCUCCGUUUGUGGCCUGUGUGCAGGACAUGUGUUACCAACAUAAAGAAAUGCUCCACAUCGAUCCAGCAAAUAUCAGCUCAUCUUGUUUGGUCAGUCUUCAACAACCAUCGGGUAUUUUGCUUUUGGAGGAGGGCUUGUUGCACACUUUUGUCCCAACGGAGCCACCGUCCAAACGGUCACGAGGGCCCAAAGAGCUCCCUCCUGACACCAACAAGUGGAUCCACCUCGCGAGACUCUACCGAUCCCUGGAGGACUAUGAUAUUGUUCGUGGGAUCUUUGGGAGUAAAGUGGGGACCAAGUCCAUCACUUGUUCUGCUCUUCAGGCCGAGUCUCAAAACGACUACGCAGAAGCAGUGAAACUCUACAACGAGGCGUUGAACACUGAGGCGUGGACCGAAGCCCCGCCCACUGACGCAGAGAGGGACUUCUGGGAGAUUGCAGCAAUGGAGGCCUAUAGACACCUGACUGAAUGGGAGUCACUGCAGUACUGCUCCACCGUUUGCAUCGACGAAGCCUCUCCACCCGACCUGGAGAAGAUGUGGGCGGAGCCAUACCACCAGGACUUGUAUUUACGCCACAUGAUUUGCAGUAUGCUGAAACAGCUGCAGCUCGGAGGAGCGGACCAGACCCUCCUCAGCUUCAUCGAUAAAGCGAUGAAGGUCGAACACCGUAAGAAAUUACUGGAAAACCACUACAGCCAAGAACUUAGCCUCCUCUACAUCCUCCAGGAGGACCACGAUCGGGCCAAGUACUACGUCAACUACGCCAUGCAGCUGUUCAUGCAGAAUUACUCCAGUGUGGAUACUUUACUUACCAAGAGUCGUCUGACCCUCCUGCAGUCGGCACAGGCCCUCACAGAAAUCCAAGACUUCCUGUUGUUCGUUAAAGGGGAAGUUACUGUGUCGUCUCUGAAGCGUCUCACUCGACUCUGGACAGAGCGUUAUCCUGAUCCUAAAGUCGAUCCAGUGAACGUCUGGGACGACAUCAUAACAUCAAGAUGUUUCUUUUUGGACAAGAUUCUUGAAAAGUUAAAUAAACAGGGAUCCUCUGAUGAUAUGGAAGUGGAUGAGCCGGACAUAAACUCUGUGGUGAACAACUGCAAGUUCAGUAUGAAGCUGCAGAUGGCGGAGAGCGCGUGGAGUCAGAAUAACUUCCCUGUGGCGACAAAGCUGUUGAAGGAUCUUCACAGAGACGCCAAGUCAAACCGGAGCUGGUUCCUGCGCUGGGUCCACAGUUACAGUCGCUUCAACCACAAACGCAGCCACACGCUGAGCCCAGUGGAGCAGAUCAGCUCCAUGUUAAAGACUGUCCCACUGCUGGAGGACCUCCAGCCUGAAGUCCAAAGUGCUUCAGCUAAAGUUUUCAGAAAUCAGAAACUCCUCCAGGGGGCGUCGUUCCACAUCAUAGCCACCGCUGUGGGCUCCAGUCGCUCUGUUUUAGGCACGAUUGAAACAGAUAAAGCCAAAAAGGUGGUGAGACUGUCAGGAAAAACAUGGCCUGAAGAUCCAGAGAAUGUAGAGGUGGGUCUACAUCUGCAGGCCUUGAGGUUGUUCUGUGAAGGCGCCAGAAAAGCCGAGGAGGAGCUGCAGUCUUAUGAUCAGGACUGUGUGGAGCCUGCCAGCCUCAUCGAGACCUUCAUGGCUCUGGCCAACUUCUGUGAUAAACGACUACGAGAGGAGGAGCAGAGGGAGAGCGAGAGCCGGUUCCCAGACCUGGCAGCUCUCUCCGCUCACAUCGUUCAGAACAUGUUAAAAGCUCUAAAACUGAACUCUGAAGAAGCUCGUCUGAAGUUUCCACGUCUGCUGCAGAUCAUUGAACUGUAUCCGUCUGAAACACUGGACCUCAUGACCAAAGAGAUGAUGUCAGUGCCGUGCUGGAUGCUGAUUGGCUGGAUCAGUCAGAUGGUGGCUCUUUUGGACAAACCGGAGGCGGUGGCGGUUCAACAUUGCGUAGAGCAGAUUGCGAGGUCGUAUCCUCAGGCCUUGGUCUACGCCCUCAUGAUCAGCAGUGAGAGCUUCCAGUUUGAAGAGUCUGCGACAGGACACCAGCACCGCCAGUUUGUCAAUAGGCUGAAGACUAAACUGGACGAGGGUGGAGCUGUGAAAGAAUUUGUGGAGGCGCUGCAGCAGCUCACAAAUCCAGACAUGAUUUUCAAGGACUGGUGGGACAGUGUGAAAAAUCAACUGGACAAAUCAGGUUUUAAUAAGAAGCAAAUGGAUGGACUCUACAAAGAAAUGUUCUCUUCACUUGGAAAUCAAAACACACAAAGACACGGGGCCUUCAGACGCAAGUUUAUCCAGAAAUUUGCCAAAGACGUGGAGCGUUUGUUCGGCGCUAACGGCAGUAAACUGUUUGAGAAGAGAAAAGAUAAAAGUUUUGUGAAGGAAGUGGAUGAUCUGGCCACGUCCAUGAAAACAUUUCAGAAGGAACCUGGCAACCUGAAAGAGUACUCCCCCUGGCUGAGCAGCUUUAAACGAGGACCCCUCAGCGACGAGCUGGAGAUCCCUGGACAGUACGACGGCAGGUCUAAACCUUUACCCGAAUAUCACGCCAAAAUAACUGGGUUUGAUGAAAGGGUUAAAGUCAUGUCUUCUCUGCGUCGCCCCAAGCGUCUGAUCAUCCGGGGGGACGAUGAGAGGGACCACCCGUUUCUGGUGAAGGGAGGAGAGGAUCUGAGGCAGGACCAGCGCAUCGAGCAGCUCUUCGGCGUGAUGAACAUCGUCCUCAGCCAUGACUCGGCGUGCACACGGCGAGGCCUGCAGCUCCGCACGUAUCAAGUCAUCCCCAUUAAUACAAGAAUCGGACUCAUUGAGUGGAUGGAAAACACCUGCACUCUGAAGGACUUUUUAACCAACACAAUGACAGACAAGGAACAAAAAACAGCCAGAAGACCCUGGGACGCUUACACCGACUUUCUCUCCAGUGUGGCUCAAAAAUAUGAUAAAAGGGCGAGUCCUUUGGCGCAUUACAGCAUCGCGUACAGAAAAGCCAGUCGCUCUGAUGUGGUGAAGAACUUCCAUAAAGUGCUGCAGCUGGUGCCUCAUGAUUUACUCAAGAGAGCGUUUCUAAAGAUGUGCCACGGGCCUGAGGCGUACCUGUCCUUGAGGUCUCACUUCAUCAGCUCUCACGCUCUGCUCUGUGUGAGUCACUGGGUGCUGGGGAUCGGGGACCGGCAUCUUUCAAACUUUAUGAUCAACACAGAGACGGGAGGCGUGAUCGGGAUCGACUUUGGACACGCCUUUGGGUCGGCGACGCAGUUUCUGCCGGUGCCGGAGCUCAUGCCGUUUCGAUUGACGCAGCAGUUUGUGAAGCUGAUGGAGCCUCUGCAGGAGUCGGGUUUGAUCCAGAGCAUCAUGGUCCAUUCACUCAGAGCCUUCAGAGCAGAACCAGACCUGCUCCUGAACACCAUGGAUGUGUUUGUCAAAGAGCCGUCACUGGACUGGAAGAACUUUGAGCGGAAGCAACUGAAGAAGGGAGGAACAUGGACCAAAGAGGUGGACACCAAAGAAAUCAACUGGUACCCCCUUCAGAAGGUGAACUUCGCCAGGAGGAAGCUAGAGGGCGCUAACCCAGCUGCUGUCACAAGUGAGGAGCUUAAACUGGGAUUCGAGAAGGACCCAGCGUUCCAGGGCCUGCAGUCUGUGGCCAUCGGUACCAGAGGAGUGAACGUGCGAGCGGACGUCCCGGCUGAAGCUCUGUCAGUGGAGAAACAGGUGGACUGUCUCUUAGACCAGGCCACGGACCCUAACGUCCUGGGCAGAGUGUGGGUCGGCUGGGAGCCCUGGGUCUAAAGUCACAUUAUUAUUG